AUGGCACUCGAUCUGAGGUCGCAAGCACUCAAGAACCCGAUUGACGUCGCAGAGUACCUCUUCCGGCGGCUCAAGCAGGUUGGCGUGCAGUCGGUCCAUGGUCUCCCGGGAGACUACAAUCUUGUCGCUCUCGACUACAUUUCCAAGGUCGGAUUGCGUUGGGUGGGCAAUUGCAACGAGCUCAAUGCUGGCUACGCUGCCGAUGGCUACGCACGCGUCAAGGGCGUGUCUGCCAUCGUAACCACUUUCGGUGUGGGCGAGCUGUCCGCCGUCAACGCCCUCGCCGGUGCCUUCUCCGAAUACGUCCCCAUCGUGCACAUCGUCGGAUACCCGACCACAGCGGCCCAGAGAGAUGGGCUCCUCCUCCACCACACCCUCGGCAAUGGCGACUAUCUUGUCUUCUCGAAGAUGUCCGCUCAGAUCUCCUGCGCCGUCUCGAUGCUCAACGACUCCCAUGAGGCGGCUACCCUGAUCGACAAUGCGAUUCGCGAGUGCAUCCUGAAGUCUCGGCCCGUCUACAUUGCACUGCCAACCGACAUAGUCCAGAAGAAGGUAGAUGGCGACAGGCUGAAUACACCGCUAGAUCUAGCGUACCCUCCGAACGAUCCGGAGAAGGAAGACUAUGUGGUCGACGUCGUGUUGCGCUAUCUCCAUGCUGCCCGCAACCCCGUCAUUCUCGUCGAUGCCUGUGCCAUCCGUCACCGCGCCUUGGAUGAGGUCCACGAGUUUGUUGAGAAAUCCAAGAUACCUGUGUUCGUCGCACCCAUGGGUAAGGGCGCCGUGAAUGAGACUCUUCCCAACUACGGCGGUGUCUACGCAGGCGACGGUAGCAACAGGGGAGUUCGCGAGCGUGUCGAAUCCGCAGACCUUAUUCUCAGCAUCGGCGCCAUCAAGUCCGACUUCAACACUGCAGGCUUCACAUACCGCGUCUCGCAGCUCAACACCAUCGACUUCCACAGCUAUGGCGUCAAGGUCCGAUACUCUGAGUAUCCUGGUGUGCGCAUGAACGGCGUACUGAGGAAGGUCACGGCAAAAUUGGGCAAGCUGAACAUUGAAGUUGGCCCGAACCCCAACAACGAGAUCCCUGAGGUCGAGCUCAUGUCACCCGAGCCCACCAUCACCCAGGCUUGGUUCUGGCCGCGCUUGGGACAGUGGUUGCAGCCGAACGAUAUUGUCAUCACUGAGACAGGAACCGCCAACUUCGGUAUCUGGGAGACUAGGUUCCCCGCUGACGUCACGGCUAUCUCUCAAGUCCUCUGGGGCAGCAUCGGCUAUGCGACGGGCGCAUGCCAAGGCGCAGCACUCGCCGCCAAAGAAAAGGGCAUCAAGCGCACCAUCCUCUUCACCGGCGACGGCUCCUUCCAGCUCACCGCCCAGGAAGUCAGCACCAUGCUGCGCAACGGGCUGAACCCCAUCAUCUUCAUCAUCUGCAACAACGGCUACACCAUCGAGCGCUUCAUCCACGGAUGGAAGGACGCUUACAACGACGUGCAAGAGUGGAAGUACAAGGACCUGCCCGCCGCUUUCGGUGCUCAGAGGGGCCAGGUGCUCACGUACCGGGUGGAGUCGAAGCAGCAGGUCGAGCUGCUCUUCAUGGACAAGGAGUUCUCAGGCGGCGACACCAAGCAGCUGAGGUUUGUGGAGCUGGUGAUGCCGUGGGAUGAUGCGCCGCAGUCGUUGAAGAGCACGGCGGAGAGCGCGGCGAAGAGGAAUGCCGAGGCGGCUAUGUCGCCGGCUUAG